AAUAAAAAAAUUUGUUGCUACUCAAAGAACCUAAGCCAUCGAAAUUUUGCUGCAAUUAUAUACAAUAAGAUAUGAUUUUUCAUUCGUAACUUUCUUCUCUUCCUUUUUUUCUUUGUUUAUUUAUAAAAUCACGCUGCGCUUAGAUCAGAUCCGAUCUGCAACUUUCUUCGCCAUGGAUUUCAUGAAGGUCUUCGAUCAAACCGUUCGAGAAAUAAAGAGAGAGGUGAAUCUGAAGGUGCUAAAGGUUCCCGAGAUCGAACAGAAGGUGUUGGAUGCAACUGAUAAUGAACCUUGGGGUCCUCAUGGUUCUGCACUGGCAGAGAUUGCACUGGCUACCAAAAAAUUUACUGAAUGUCAAAUGGUCAUGAAUGUCCUUUGGACAAGAUUGGCUGAAACUGGAAAAGAUUGGCGCUAUGUUUACAAGGCAUUAGCUGUUAUAGAGUAUUUGGUAGCACAUGGGUCUGAACGUGCAGUUGAUGACAUUAUAGAGCAUACAUUUCAAAUCUCAGCACUUUCUAGCUUUGAAUAUGUUGAGCCUAGUGGUAAGGAUUCGGGACUAAAUGUCAGGAAGAAGGCAGAAACCAUUGUGGCCCUUUUAAAUAAUAGAGAAAAGAUACAGGAAGUGAGAAAUAAAGCUGCUGCAAACCGUGACAAAUACGUCGGAGUUUCUUCUAGUGGAAUCACGUACAAGUCUGGGUCAACCUCAUUUAGUAGUGGCAGCUAUCAGAGCAGUGGUAAAUAUUCGGGCUUUGGUUCAAAUGAUGGUGAUAGGUUUAGGGAUAGCUACAGAGACAAGGGAGACUAUGAAGAAGACAAAUACACUAGAAGAUCACGAAACAUCGGUGACGAUGAAGAGAACUCCUUCAAAAAGGGUACUGCACACUCUGUCAGCAAAAGUCAGGAGAAUGCACCAUCCAGAGUAUCUAAGUCAUCUACUACUAAUGCCCAAGAUAAUUACAGUUCAGUUGCUUCUCAAAGUUCAAGUGCACCUGCAAAUAAUACCGAGGAUGACUUUGACGACUUUGAUCCAAGAGGAACUUCUGCUAAGCCUUCGGCUGGAAGCUCUAAUCAAGUUGAUCUCUUUGGACAAGAUUUAAUCAGUGACUUCAUGGAUGCUCCAACAUCUGUUUCUACAGAAAAGGCUGCUGCUAAUAGUGUUUCAGAGGUUGAUCUAUUUGCAGAUGCUUCAUUUGUAUCGGCACCACCUAAUGUGGACAAGGGAGCUAGUUCUCAACCUCAGGAAGAAGUGGAUCUAUUUGCAUCACAGCCAGCCAUUCCUUCAGUUACACCAACAGUUGACUUGUUUUCCAUUCCUAAACCAGUUGCACAGCCAGACAAGAAGUCAGGAAAUUCUGCUUCAGCGAAUAGUAGCACUUUUGAUCCCUUUGCUGUUUCUGAACCAGUUGUGCAUACAGAUGCAGGAAAUUCUGCUCCUGUGAAUAAUAGCACUUUUGAUCCCUUUGCCAUUCCUGAA